AUGUACAUUGGACGUAUCCGGGAAAUUCUCAUAUUGUCCAGCGACCACCUAAAGGUAGAACAUGUUGCUCUCCAGUGCUUUUCCUUUACAGAGACAUUGCACCCAUCUCUUCAUCUUCCAUGUCUAGAUCUUACUAAUAACGAAGUAUUUUUGUCUGCUGCCAUAAGUUAUCAUUGUCUUCCAAGUCGGCUUCACAUCUUAUGGGUGUCAUCUUGCAGGAUAUUGUGUUCCGUCAAUAUCCAGCAUAACUGCAUUGAUUCAGGUUGCACCAACACUGGUCAGCAACCUGUAUAUCAAGAACAGACCCUAACAUCUCGCUCAAGGUGCAUCGUUCAACACAAGCCGACACCACACUACAUCCUUAACGCAUACUCUAUUCAUAACUAUGACUACAUACGUCUUGUUACACCUGAUACCCUUCACAAGACGCCGCUGAGAGUCACCAAUGUGGCCGAAGUUCAAGCAUUGGCAGUAUGGCAAAUGCGGGAGAAGUGA